UCGGGAUUCGUUAUGAAUUCCAGCCCGCUUCCUAACGGCAGACUCGUGCCGGACAGCCAGAGCUGGAACUCCUCCGGUUCCGACGAGGAUCUGGACGUCGAACCGGGACCAGGGCCGCACGGAGGGGUGGUAGAAUCUGGCGGGGUGCUCAGUAAGUGGACUAACUACAUUCACGGAUGGCAGGACCGCUGGGUCGUUCUGAAGAACAACACCUUGAGUUACUACAAAUCCCAGGACGAGCGCGAGUACGGCUGUCGCGGUUCCCUGUGUCUCAGCAAGGCUGUCAUCACACCUCAUGAGUUUGACGAGUGCCGGAUGGACAUCAGCGUCAAUGAUAGCGUGUGGUAUCUACGUGCUCAGGACCCAGAACACCGCAACCAGUGGAUCGAUUCAAUCGAGCAACACCGGGCUGAGUCUGGUUAUGGCUCUGAGUCCAGUUUGAGGAGACACGGCUCCAUGCUGUCCCUCACAUCAGCCACCAGUGGAUACUCAGCCACCUCCACCUCCUCCUUUAAGAAGGGUCACAGUCUGCGAGAGAAGCUGGCAGAGAUGGAGACCUUUCGAGACAUCCUGUGCAGGCAGGUGGACACGCUGCAGAAAUACUUCGACGGCUGCUCUGACGCCGUGACCAGAGACGAGCUCCAGAGAGACAAGAUCAUAGAGGAUGAUGAAGACGGUUUCCCUAACACUCGCUCCGAUGGAGAUUUCCUGCAUAACAACAAUGGCAGCAAGGAGAAAUUAUUCCAGUGUUUGAGUCAUAAAGGCAUUAAUGGGAUAGAUUUUAAAGGAGAGGCCAUCACGUUCAAGGCAACCACGGCGGGAAUCUUGGCUACACUUUCCCACUGCAUCGACCUGAUGGUGAAGAGAGAGGACAGCUGGCAGAAGAGACUGGAUAAGGAGAUGGAGAAGAGGAGGAGGGUGGAGGAGGCGUAUAAAUCAGCCCUGUCCGAGCUGAAGAAGAAGUCUCACUUUGGAGGGCCCGAUUACGAGGAGGGUCCAAACAGCCUGAUCAAUGAAGACGAGUUCUUUGACGCCGUGGAGGCCGCUCUGGACAGACACGACAAAAUAGAAGAACAGUCUCAGUGUGAGAAGAGCAGGAUACAGAGGAGCAGUUCAGUACCUUCAGGAGACAUCUUCUCCAGCGUGGGCUCUCACCGAUUCGCUGAGAAGCCCCCCUCUCGUCCUUCCUCUCCCUCAUCUUCUGCUGUAGCCUUCCUUCCUUCUCUCCAUGAGCACAGAUUCAGUGCUGAGGUGCAGGAGAUGGUUCAGAAUCACAUGACCUACUCGCUGCAGGACGUCGGUGGAGACGCUAACUGGCAGCUGGUGGUGGAGGAGGGAGAGAUGAAGGUGUACCGGCGCGAGGUGGAGGAGAACGGGAUCGUGCUGGACCCUCUGAAGGCCACACACUCUGUCAAAGGGGUCACAGGUCACGAGGUCUGCCACUACUUCUGGGACACGGAUGUCCGAAACGAUUGGGAGACUACUGUUGAAAACUUCAACAUCGUGGAGACGCUGUCUGAUAACGCCAUCAUCAUCUACCAGACUCAUAAGAGAGUGUGGCCAGCGUCCCAGAGAGACGUCUUGUACCUGUCUGCCAUUCGUAAGAUUGUGGCCAAUAACGAGAACGAUCCAGACACAUGGCUCGUCUGCAACUUCUCAGUCGAGCACGAGAAUGCCCAGCCUAACAACAGAUGUGUUCGUGCUAAAAUCAACGUAGCGAUGAUCUGCCAGACCCUGGUCAGUCCACCAGAGGGAGACAAAGAGAUCAGCAGAGACAACAUCCUGUGCAAAAUCACAUACGUGGCCAACGUGAAUCCUGGCGGCUGGGCUCCUGCGUCUGUCCUGAGGGCCGUCGCAAAAAGAGAAUAUCCCAAAUUCCUCAAGCGCUUCACGUCCUACGUCCAGGAGAAAACAUCCGGGAAGCCCAUCCUCUUCUGAGCACCAGUCCCCAGUUCUGCUGUGUGUGUGUGUGCAUGAGCGCCUCUGGUUCCUGCACACUCCUCCAGAGACACAGAAGACUCAUGCGUCCCUCCUCAGACUGCUCUCGAUCCACAGGAAGCCCAGCGAUAGAUGCCUGAUGCUGUUCUGUAGCGCCACACUAGCUCACACAGACCGAGGACUAGAGAAACCUAACCUCAAAGUCUGUCCCAUGUCUUCUGUCUGAGAUCUACAUUGAUAUGAAUCUAUAUGUAUGUAUGUAAGUAAAUGAGAUAGCAAGUUUAUAUAUAUAUAACAGAGAGUUUUGAAGCUGAACACACGAGACUCGCUCUGUUUUUUUUCCUGUUUGAACACAUUUCAGCUUUGCUUUCGUCGUCCUCGUAUAAUGGCUGUUUGGGGAAAUCAAAGGCGUGUUUGUGAGUGAACUCUAUAAACCUGCCUUUCGUCUCGAUGUUGACCGUCUCUUUUAUGAAGCGCAGCAUCUGCGGCUGACGAGGAGACGCUUCAUUUCUUUGGAGAUUUAAUUAUAUCUGUGUCUCAGCAGCACAAUUCCAGAUCGAUCGUAACCGGAAGACAUU